CUGACAGUGCGCUCCCGUCGUCGCCGCUGUCGCCGUCGCCGCCUCCGCGAAGCGCAUCUUGGGCGUCGCGACGUCGGCGACGCUUCUCGCUCGCGCCUCUUUCUCUCUUCUUUCUUUGUCACCUCUGUCCGUGUAAUCUAUCUCUCUCUUUUCCUCAAAUCGUUAGCGUCGCGACGGGCGAGUUUCCGCCCGGAGGAACUUUCUCUCUCUCUCUCUCUCUCUCGCGAGCGAGUGAGCGAGCGAGCGAAGGAAAACGGUGUCAUCGAGGAUUUCUCGUUUGAAAAUCGGACGACGAGAAGGUGACGUUUCUCUCCUUUACGACGCGUCGCGAGUAGUGUAAUUCCAAGUGCGACCGUGCCUUUGUGCGACUAGAUCAGCUCACGAGAAUAUUCUCCGCGCUGGAUAGCCCGCGUGGAAAAUAUUUAUAUCUCCUCGCUCACGGGAUAUCGCGAAUUCUCUCGAGUUUCCCGGAGGCCGGAGAAAACGCACGCUUAGCGAGUCGCGAUUUAUCUCCGUUCGGAGAACUGUCAUCGUUGUAAAUAGAUCGAGUGUAAUCGCUAACGCAGUUUACCAUUUCAAUGAUUGUAUCCGCAAUUGUCCCUUUUUUCAAAACUCUUUUAUAAAUAUUCUAAACUGAACGGAGGCUCUCGAAAUAGCUCGUGAAUUGACUGUGUAAAAUCUAAUAAUUAAUAAUACAAAAAUCGCGUCUUCCUCAUUUUUUCAAAAAUAAAAUAAAAAUAAUAAAACUUUUAAAUAAAAUAAAAAUGAAACUUUUACGUUGAACUUCACAUCGAUAUAUCAUCUGUGCAUCGCGAGAAAUUCGAUUUAGUAUUUUAAAAAAGAAAGCAAAUCGACGCAUUUCCCUCGAAUAUUUCGCGGAAUAUUCCCAGGCAUGCAUACGGGGAUGCACUCUCAGGUGCCGGCGGGAAGAAAGCGGAUAUUCCCGGUGGAUCGUGAAAUGGUGAAUCGGCUGUUCGACAGCUGUGUGUGAUUGAAAUUCUUCUCGUCACGUGAGAGAAGAGAGGGUGGAUCCCGCGAAUGCGAGAAUCAUGUUGCGCCCUGACGCCGCAAGACAGUUUUUCCUGGGGCGGUUUACCGCUGUGCUGUGCCGAUAGUGAAUUAUUCCUUUCCUGGGCGGAUCAUUGUUCCGGAUAUAUACCGCUGGAAUGCAGAGCAAACAAGAUGACCGGGGGACCUCCGGUGGGAAAUGCACCGCCUCCACCUACGCUCAUCAACAAAAUCAAGUACCAACCCGGUGGACCUGUAAUUAAAAAGGAUAAACGGCAAAGCAGCUCGAGGUUCAAUAUAUCAAAAAAUCGGGAAUUGCAGAAAUUGCCGCUGUUGUCCGAAACGCAACAGGGAAACGAACGGGAGGAACUUUUUAUACAGAAGCUACGGCAAUGCUGCGUCCUCUUCGACUUCGAGUCCGAUCCCUUGUCAGAUUUGAAAUGGAAGGAGGUAAAGCGCACUGCCCUCCACGAGAUGGUCGAGUAUGUAACCAAAAACAAAAACGUUAUCACCGAAGCAAUAUAUCCCGAGGCGGUAAACAUGUUUGCUGUGAAUCUAUUCCGGACGCUACCUCCGUCAUCAAAUCCUAACGGCGCGGAAUUUGAUCCGGAGGAGGAUGAGCCGACGUUGGAGGCAGCUUGGCCGCACUUACAGCUUGUCUACGAAUUUUUUUUGCGAUUGCUAGAAUCGCAGGACUUCCAACCAUCCAUAGCGAGGCGCUACAUAGAUCAAAAAUUCGUGCUACAGCUUUUGGAGUUGUUCGAUUCUGAGGAUCCGAGAGAGAGGGACUUUCUGAAGACGACCCUUCAUAGGAUUUACGGUAAAUUCCUGGGUCUCAGAGCGUACAUUAGGAAACAGAUAAAUAAUGUCUUCUAUCGAUUUAUAUACGAAACGGAGCAUCAUAAUGGCAUUGCAGAGUUGCUUGAAAUCUUAGGAAGUAUUAUAAACGGUUUUGCUUUGCCGUUGAAAGAGGAGCACAAGGUGUUUUUGUUAAAAGUCCUAUUACCCUUGCAUAAGGCUAAGUCAUUGUCCGUGUAUCAUCCGCAAUUAGCGUACUGCGUCGUCCAAUUUUUGGAAAAGGAUCCGUCGUUAACGGAACCUGUGAUUAGAAACUUGUUGAAAUUCUGGCCAAAAACACAUUCCCCUAAAGAAGUUAUGUUUUUGAACGAACUUGAAGAAAUCUUAGACGUCAUCGAGCCAGCUGAAUUCCAAAAAGUCAUGGAUCCGUUAUUUAGGCAACUAGCCAAAUGUGUCUCGUCACCGCAUUUCCAGGUGGCGGAAAGGGCUCUCUAUUAUUGGAAUAAUGAAUACAUAAUGUCCUUGAUAUCGGACAAUUACUCCGUCAUCUUACCGAUAAUGUAUCCAGCUUUUUAUAGAAACUCUCGCAACCAUUGGAAUAAGACAAUUCAUGGUUUAAUUUAUAACGCUCUGAAACUUUUUAUGGAAAUGAAUCAAAAAGUAUUUGAUGAGUGUACAACACAAUACUAUCAGGAGCGUCAAAGAGAGCGAAAGCUUAUGAAAGAUCGAGAUGAAGCAUGGAUGCGCAUAGAAGCGCUCGCUAUGAGGCAUCCGAACUAUAAUUUGGCAAAUAAAAACACAACGAAUAACACAUCAUAUAUGUCACCACAGCAUGUAGAUAACUCGCCGCCCGAUGAAGACGGUGAUACAGAUCAAACUCCGCUUACUUUGGAAAAAAUCGAAGCUAGAGCUAAUGAGGCGAAGAAAAUGACAAACGUAAACAAAGUAAAGCCGCUUUUACGAAGGAAGAGCGAUUUACCACAGGACUCGUAUACAAUGCGGGCAUUGUCCGACCAUAAACGCGCCGAUGAAUACCUUGUCACGCCGCCAGAUCCGAAUAAUUGCUAGUCUCUACCACAAGCCCUUCCCAUGUAUCCUCUUUUUUGCUGUAGUAACAUCGGAAGUUAGCUUUUUUUCUAGAGGAAAACGGCAAUAAGAACGCAAAUAAUUUGGCAACAAGAAUCCCACUGUGCGAAAUCAAUAACCGUAUUAUCAUUUCAGCAUGUAUUACAUUGUAUUUGUUUACUUUAAUAGAGAAAAAGAAAACCCUACUCUUUCCCGCCACGCAUUGUGCGAUUCAAAGAGACAGUGUAUAGGCAUUCAUAGAAGCUUACAGAAGAGACUUUCAUUCUUCGUAGAAAUGCAUCGUAUUUAUUUCUUCAUUAUGAAAAAAAAAUUACAGCUGUGAGUGGAACUGUAAUCACAUUGUUAUAUAAGAUAUGCAUACGGUAAGCGAAAAGGGCUCUAAAUAUAUUACUCGUAGAAUCUCCAUCACAUUGGAGGUACUUUGGGAUGCUUGGGAAGUACUUUGGUACUUUCUUGCUACAUCUCAACAAUAAAAUAAUACACGGAUAAGGUAUGUAAAACGAGAUGAUUACGGAUAUUGCGGUUGUAAUGGAUUUGGUAUAUUCUACAAAAGAUUUUAUAUACUGAUGAGAGAGAUUAUGUGUGUGCGGGAAUGUGAUCGCGAAGAUAUAAACGUAUGCUCGAUGUUAUAACCCAUACUAUGCGCGCUAUGCGAGCUUGUUGUGUUAACAAUCUUGCGAAUAACGUUUCCAUUUAUGUGCAAAUGAUAUAUACAUAUAUAAAUAUACGUACUUGCUUUAACACUACAGGCUCGUUGUAGUUAAAGGAGAAACGAAUAAAUGAGAUGACGAAGGGAAAAGAAUAUAUGCUGGUGCGCGUUAUCUUAGGAUGUAUAUGAUAGUGCUAUUUUAAAAAUAAUAGAUUGCUACGAGAAUAUCUGAAUAUUUCUGAGUGUACUACUUUUAUAUCUGUUGUGCCUAGAUGCCUGUGGAAUGCAUUCACGAAAAAAAAAAGUAUGCCUCCGCGCGCGGGGCCUAUAUAUUGCAAACAGCAAAAAUAAGCAGCGAGUUUACAUGUCGCUUUGCCAAAUAUAAUCGAUAUUACAGGAUUUCAGUAAUGCUUGCAUAACAUGUUGCGUUGUUAACUCAUUGACCUUGGGAUUAAUUAAAAAGAUUAUACUAUUGCGGCUACAAAAGAUGGGAAGGAAGAAAAAUAAAAGAAGAGAAGAAGAGAAAUAUUAAGAUACAUUUAGUCCUUGCGCUGCUGGCAAGUUGUUACGUUAAUAAUUGUCGAGGAUACCUUGUUGAAUAUAGAUACGAUAAGCACUUAUAUUAAAUAUUAGAAAUUAAAGCUAUGAAGAGAGAUAGAUUUAAA